AUGUCUUCUCUACAGAUCUCAACUCUUUCUUCUUCUUCUUCUUGUUCUUCUUUCAGCAGAGUUAACGCCACCAUUAGUGUCCCAAAACUCCCACGAGCUCCAAUCUCACUUCCAAAAAUACCCACAAAAUCUUCAGCUCCGAAGCUGGUUCGUGAAUCCGAUAAGGGAUCGUUAUACACAAUAUCUCCAGCUGAUAAAGCUGUCGCCAACACACAAAUGCUCCGAGAUUCUUCCCAUCUUGACGAGUGCAAGGCCACUAUUCAGCUUUAUGCAAUCUUAGAAGCUAUCUCAGACAGAAUUGAAAUGCACAACAACAUGGGCGAGCAACGAAACAACUGGAAUGCCCUUCUUUUGAACUCUGUGAAUAUGAUUACCCUUUCUGCUACAACCAUGGUUGGUCUCAACACUGCCAUUGACAAUACUGCAUUUAGAUUAUCGUCCGCUCUUUUUUUCACUGCCGCCACAGGGAUGCUUCUUAUCAUGAACAAGAUUCAGCCCUCACAACUCACUGAGGAACAACGAAACGCCACUAAAUUGUUCAAGCAGCUUCAGACUGAAAUAGAAACCACGUUAGCUAUUGGAAAUCCAACUGAGGAAGACGUCCACAGCGCAAUGGAGAGGGUUUUGGCACUUGACAAGGCUUACCCACUUCCUCUCUUGGGAGCCAUGCUCGAGAAAUUCCCUUCAAAGUUCGAGCCUGCUGUUUGGUGGCCUAAAAGUAACAAGACGAAUGACUGCCAAAAGAAAGUGGCCAGAUCGCAGCAGAAAACGAAUAAUGGAUGGACUCCAGAACUGGAAACGGAGAUGUGGCAGCUUCUUGAAGUAAUGAAGAGAAAAGACAUAGAGGACUAUGAGAGGCUAGGAAACUUGGCUCUCAAGGUCAGCAAAACCUUAGCCACAUCAGGUCCCUUGCUCACUGGCAUUGCAGCUUUAGGUUCUGCAUUAGCCAGCCAUGGUUCGUCUUGGCCAGGCAUUGCGGCCGUCGUGGCAGGGUCGUUGGCGGCUUCCGUGAAUGCAUUGGAGCAUGGAGGCCAAGUGGGGAUGGUGUUUGAAAUGCACAGAAACUGUGGAGGAUUCUUCAAGUUGCUGCAAGAGAGCAUAGAAACAACACUUGAAGAGAAAGACUGCGAGAAAAGGGAGAACGGCGAGCUUUUUGAAAUGAAGGUGGCAACGAAACUGGGAAGAAGCGUUUCGCAACUCAGACGACUUGCCUCAAAAUUUGUUGCCUAUGAGUUAGAAGCAAUAGCCAUGGAUGAAUUUGCCAGCAAACUUUUUUGA